AUGAUUCUCAUCAUAUUAGAAUUAUAAUGUCAUUGUUGGCACCUUUGAAUGUGGAGCGGGCAGUGUGUGUCGCUGUCAUUGGUUGGAAAGAGGUGUAGACACGGGUUGUAUUCCAGUUACUGUAUAAUUGUUAUUGGCAUAUAUGACAAGAAUUGUAAUUAUUAUUGAGAUACAUAUAUUGUUUUCUUACUUAUUAACAAGUUUGGUAUUGGUUAGUAAUGUGUAUUUGUUUGUCAAGAGGAAGUUUUCUUUUAGGGUCUGUGUAUGUAACACGGAUAUAUAUUAUACCGCACUCAGGUUGUAGGGGUAAGGUAGGCAGAGGUACAGUUGGUGCCUGUCAGGGGUGAGUGGCGGUUGUUUGACUGAGCAUAGUUGGGGUAAUGCUGUAAUCAGACAUGUGGUGAAGUCUGCCUUGGCUGAUGAUGGGCGGUCAUUUUGCUGAAUCAAUCAAUAAAUCAAGAUACAGCAAGUCAGCCCAAUCAUAGUCAUUAUCCUACACUACAAUUCAGCAAAAUUCGCAGAGCAGCCAUGGAUGACUUGAAAAGGGAACGUGCUAAUGCCAAGAGGAGAUUCACCAGGAAGGUGGGACUCUUCAAGGAUGCACACAAGAGAGGAGACUCCACAGCAACCCUACAAGUAUUGUAUAGUGAAGUUUGUGAUUCUUUCAAAGUAGUGGAUGUGGUGAAUGAGAAAAUUAUUGACCUUUUAGAUGGUAGUUCAUCUUGCCAAGAGUAUGAAGACUAUAUCAUGGAAUUGGAAACUAUAAAGUGCACUCUUCUUGAGACAUUAAAAGAAAAACCUAAGGCUGUACUUGCCAUGAAAAAAAUUGAGCCUCCUAAAUUUGGUGGAUCUGUAAGGUCAUUUCCCUCGUUUAUUAGGGAUUAUACAAGACUGGUUGAAUCACAACAUGGUGAGGAUCCCUAUGUACUCAGAAUGUCACUAGAGGGGGAACCCAGGAGACUUGUAGAAGAUUUAAAUGAUUACAAAAGAAUGUGGGAGAGAUUGAAUGAAACAUAUGGUCAUGAAGGAAAGUUAAUUGAUUCAAUCUUGGGAGACAUUAGGUCAUAUAAGCCAAUAAGUGAAGGUGAUGAUAAACGGUUAAUCAAGCUAAUCAAUACUGUAGAAAAGGUAUGGUUAGAUGUAAGCAACUUGAACCUAACAAAGGAGUUGGAGAAUGUUACUGUCCUGACUCAAGUAGAAAAAUUGUUACCCUCUAUGUUGAAAAAGGAAUGGGCUAGUAAAGUACAACAAGUGAAGACUGACAAGUUUAAAGAGUUGGUUGCAUUCUUAACAGAGCAUCGAAAAGCUUUAGAAUACUUACAAGAUGAGUCAAGACUUGGUGCGUCAAAGGUAACGGUGCAUACCACUGACGUAUCAAACACAAAAGAAAAUGACUUAUUAGAAGUCAUAAAACUGUUAGCUGUGGGACAAGAGAAACUACAAAACCAGAUGUCAGAGUGUUUAACUAAUAUAGCUCAAGUAACAGAUGGAAGAUAUUGCAGUAGGAAUUACACAUCAAAAGUUAAUGGUGAUCAGAAGGAGAAGUAUUGUCUUGUUCAUGAUAGUGAAUCUCAUCACUUACAGGAUUGUAUGACAUUUAAGCAAUGGACAGCUGAAAAUCAAAUGGAUUUUUUAAAGCAAAAUAGAAUUUGUUUUGCAUGUCUCAAAAGAGGGCACCUAUCUAGGGAUUGUGAUAAGCAAAUGCCUUGUAGAGUAAAGGUAAAGGGAGACAUUUGUGGUAAGCACCACCAUUCAAUUUUGCACCCUAUAUUUAGCAGUCCUUAUACUUCUACAAUGGAUGUUAUGAGUAACCAUUUGACAAAGAAAGGUGCAUUUUUGAUGACUGGGUUUGUGGAUAGUGGAGGUGUUUCUGUUCCCACAUUAUAUGAUGCAGGAAGUAACAUCAGUCUGAUCACUUUUAGAAUGGCAAAGCAACUAGGACUCAAAGGUACUCCUAUACAGCUUUCAGUGACAAAGGUCGGUGACCACACAGAAGAAUUGGAUAGUUUUGUUUAUAAGAUGUCCUUGAGGGAUCAAACAGGGAAGGAAAAAUUUGUUGAAGUUUGUGGAAUUUCCGAAAUAACUGGUGCUCAUCAACAGGUGAAUUUAUCGGAAAUUGCUAAGAAAUUUGAAGUGCAAGAAAAGGAUAUCCAAAGGCCUGAAGGGCGUAUAGAACUACUAAUAGGAUCUGAUCACUGUACUUUAAUGCCACAAGUUAAAAAACCAUAGAUAAUGUUCAGUUAAUGUCAAAUGAGUUUGGUUUCUGUAUCAGAGGUAGAUUGGAUGACAAAGGAAAGGGACAUAGCUAUUGCGUGCAAAUUAAUCACGUGAGUUGUAAUGACACCACAGAUUGGCAUUUCAGGACUAAACCUAAUGUGG